CACCGACUUUCUCGGAUCUACUUUGCUUAUGACCUGUUCUGACCGGCACAAUGAUCUUCUCCGGUGAGGCUGUCUUUUGUUGAUAUCUGCCACCCCAACAGUGUCUCUGUUCCUCGCCAUGGAUCUGUUCGGUUAAGCCUGGCGCUUACUGUCGGUUUCCCCUCUCUAUCGCCUACUGUUGUCCAUCACCCCGGAUCUCGCGUGAUCGAUUUCCAUUUCCUACCUCACGUUGAUCUGUGUCUCUCAGAUCAUUGCGCAUACUUGUGACCCAUCUCGACUCUUACUUUGACACCAUGGCUUGUUGACGGGUUGAUCCCGCCUUGUGCUUAUACUUGUGCUUCAUUGAUUGUUUUCCAUCUCGUCUUUUGUCCACGUGCCAUAUCACGACGCCCGACGCCAUGGCGCGCACCAAGCAGGGUGUGUUUUCUUGGGAAGAUGUGUUGGCGCAUCGCUACCAGAACAACAAACCCUCCGGGCUCCCCAGGUCCCGUCGAUACAGCGCCGUUCAAGGUCAACGGACGUCCUCCAAACCCGACACCAGGAAGGAAUGGUCCAUCCAGUCGCAAAGCGCCUUACUGGCCAGGCUAUCGCCCGAGCUGCGACUCAUGAUCUGGGAGAUGGUCCUGGGUGGCAUGCGCAUCCACAUCGUACAGCGUCAGAACCGGCGAAUGGGACAUAUAGUCUGUCCUCAGACCAGCGCAUGCGAUAUUUGUCGCGGUGGACUUCCAGGCAUGAAAGUGUCGGCGGGUCUGCUGGCGCUGUCGAUGACAUGUAAACAGAUCUACUGCGAGUCUAUCUAUAUGCUCUACUCACUCAACACCUUUGAAUUCAGCAACACCUGGUCGCUGACAUACUUGCGACCCACCAUCCCGGCCGACUUCUGGGACGCCAUCCGCGAAGUCGAGCUCCGCUGGGCGUUCCCGGGCCACUGGCUCCCCUGCAAGGACCCCGUCAAGUCGGUCUACUUCUCCGCUGGCCGGCAGCAGUGGGUCGAGACAUGUCUGGCUCUCACACACAUGCAGGGCUUGCAGACAUUUACGCUGCAGCUGAGCGGGAGCUGGUUCUGUGAGCCGGUGGAAAAGAUCCCGGUGUUCUUGGAACCGCUGCGGGAGCUGCAUCUGCGACAGCGAUGGAAGUUGCAGCUGCCGAGGCAGCCGUACUAUGUAAAGGAGAUUCGGAAUAUCGAUGGGGAUUUGAGGAAACGAGGAAUUGAGUGUGUGGUGAGGGUGGUUUAGCAUGUCCUUUUAUAGCGUAAUAGCGUGCAGGCGAUAUAUUUAUACCCUAAUAGUUGAUGAACUGUUUAAUGGAUGGAAUUGAGUGAUUUGGAUUAU